AUGACGUUCUCAGCUGCCGAUUGCCGGGGGGUAACAUUCCCCCACGAGGAUCCCUUAGUGAUUGUCGCUACAAUUGCCAACCACGAUGUGCCCAGGACUCUCGUGGAUGGAGGCAACGGAGCAAACAUUUUGUUCCGAAAGGCCUAUAACCAAAUCAAGCUGAAGCCCAAGCACCUAAUGCUAGUACCCUACCCAGUUUCUGGAUUCAACGGAGCUUCAACUUAUCCUGAUGGGAAGGUCCUCCUCCCUGUCACCAUCGGCCGCGCUGAAGCAGCCAGGAACGUCAUGACCGAAUUCUUGGUCAUUGACGCUCCUUCAUUGUACAACGUGAUCAUGGGGAGACCUAUGAUUCACGAUAUUCAAGAGAUAGUUUCAACAUACCAUCAAAUGAUGAUGUAUGUUUUGGAUGUUGGCUACCCCGAAAGAAUUGAGGGCAGCCAAAAGGAAGCCUGA